UCCUAUCGCCCUGCCGGCCGGCACUAUAAAAGGAGUUCACCUGAUGCCCCAUCUCGUUAACUCGAUCGAUCUCUUCGACCGAGGGGACACACACACACACACACGUACGGGCCAUUCACAAAGUCAUACCGGCCACCACGCACGUACGGGACAAAUUAAGCUUUCUAGCUAGAGAUCAUGGAGGCGGUAGCGGCGGCGGCGAACGGCGGUGGGGCUGAGAGGGAGCAGCAGCAGCAGGGGUGCGCGCGGCGGUUGUUCCAGAUGCCGCUGCACUACCCGAGGUACAGGAGGGAGGACUACGAGGCCAUGCCCGAGUGGCAGCUCGACCGCCUCCUCUCCGACUACGGCCUCCCGGUCCACGGCAACCUUCACCACAAACGCGGCUUCGCCAUGGGCGCCUUCCUCUGGGGCGGCGGCGCCACCGCCGGCCAUUAAUUGAUGAGCUACAGCGCGCGCGUGCCUGCCCAGCGCACCUACGAUGAACUUCAGUAAGAGAUCGAGCGAUCAGAGAUGCGCAUACACUAGUGUAUCCGUGUACUAGCUAGCUACGUAUUUUUCGACCGGGUUUCUGUAUAUUUGUUUGCGGUAUGAAGACAUAUAUACAGGCGUAUAUGUAUGCUAAUUUGGAUGAGUUUAAGUUGUUGUAUAUUCCCAUGUUUUGAAGUAGCUAGUGGUGCAUGUUGUAUUGGCGCUGAGGACCCUGAGGAUUGAGAUGAGUUAGCUCGCUACGGUUUGUUGCUGCCUAGGUUUCGUGUAUAUUAUGCCAUAAUUAAUGCAUAUGUUUUAGUACAUGAA